GCAGCAUUCGAUUCACAUCUCCGGGGACCAUCGUUCGUCAUGGAGCCACCGUCGCGGCUCGAGUUUUCCAACUCCUCCGGCGGUUGGCUGGACUGUUCCGCCUCCGGAAGCCCGCAGCCGUCGAUCGAUUGGCUGUCGGUCGAUGGCACGUCCGUCGGUGACGUCGGUGGCGUACGGCGAGUCCUGCGUAACGGGACGCUGGUGUUGCUGCCAUUUCCCGCUGCCGCGUACCGGCAGGACAUCCAUAGUACAAUCUAUCGAUGCGUGGCGUCGAACACCGUCGGACGGGUCAUCUCGCGGGAUGUGCAGGUUCGGGCAGUGGUUGCCCAAGCAUACAAAGUUGAUGUUGAAGUGCUGGCAGCUUCCCGAGGCUGUACCGCGAUUCUGCGUUGCGUAGUGCCUAAUUUUGUUAAGGAGUUAGUAAGGGUCGUGUCCUGGGUGCAGGAACCGGCGUUCUACAUUUACCCAUCGCUGCAGGGAGAUGGAAAGUACCACCUGCUACCAACCGGAGAGCUGCUGAUACACAAUCUAGAGUAUAACGAUCGCUACCCAUCCUACCGGUGCCGGACGAUGCACAAACUCACGCGCCAGGUCGUUACGAGCAAUUCGGCCAAGAUACGCAUGAGCGACCAACGAGGAAUAGUUUCGCCAAGUGUCGUCGAGCAUACGUCGCAUGUUGCCGUCUCGCAGGACGAAGGAGCCGUGUUGCUGUGCGUCGCCCAAGGAUGCCCAUCGCCGGAGUAUCGGUGGUACACCCACAACGGACCGGAACCGAUCCCGGUAUCAUCCGGACCCCGGAUACGACUGCUAGGGCCAGUGCUGGCGAUCGAAGCGGUCACAGGCGAGGACGGUGGCGUCUACAAGUGUUCCGCAUCGAACGCAGGCGGUGAAGCAAGUGCCGACCUGCGGCUAACCGUUUCCACGCCGAUCCACGUCGAGAUCACACCGAACGUGCUCAGCGUACACAUGGGCGGUACGGCCGAGUUCCGGUGCCUAGUGACGGCGAACGGGAUGUCGGCGGGACCGCAGCACAUCACCUGGUUCAAAGAUGGCCGCCAGUUACCGAGCUCCGGGCGCGUUGGAGACACACUGCAGGUGACGGGAGUGACCCGCGAGGACAAGGGCAUGUACCAGUGCGUGGUACGACGGCAAGAGGGCGACUCCUUUCAGGCUUCAGCCGAACUUCAGCUGGGCGACGCGCCACCAUCGCUAGUGUACAGCUUCAUCGAGCAGACGCUUCAACCAGGCCCGGCCGUGUCGCUCAAGUGCUCGGCACAAGGAAACCCGACGCCCCAAAUCGCCUGGACGCUGGAUGGAUUCCCGCUGCCAACGAACGGCAGGUUCAUGAUCGGACAGUACGUAACCGUGCACGGGGACGUCAUCAGCCACGUCAACAUCAGCCACGUUAUGGUGGAGGACGGUGGCGAAUACUCGUGUGUUGCGGAGAAUCGUGCCGGCAAAACGUCACACUCUGCUCGCCUCAACAUCUACGGAUUACCGUACAUCCGGCUGAUCCCGAAGGUGACAGCUGUCGCUGGACACACGCUGUACCUGAAGUGUCCUGUGGCAGGCUACCCGAUCGAAGAGAUCCACUGGGAACGUGGAGGUCGCGAGCUACCAGAGGACAUGCGCCAAAAGGUGCAGUCGGACGGGACGCUCGAGAUUAAGGAGGUGCAAAAAUCGCUCGACUCCGGUGUGUACACCUGCUGGGCGCGUAAUAAGCAGGGCCACAGUGCGAGACGAAGCGGUGAAGUCGCGGUCAUAGUCCCACCCAAGUUGAACCCGUUCCACUCGUCGAUCCUUUCGCUGAACGUUGGCGAUCGAGCCUCGAUCACCUGUUCCGUCAUCAAGGGCGAUAUUCCGCUUACCAUCACCUGGCGCAAAGAUGGCCGCCCGAUCGAUCCCACCCAGCGUAUGUCCGUCACGCAGGUCGAUCAGUACAACUCCAUCCUGCUGAUCGAGAACCUGUCAGCUGAUCACACCGGCAACUACUCGUGCGUGGUUCGCAACACUGCCGCCGAAACUGAGGGCCACCAGUCGCUGCUGGUUAAUGUUCCACCCCGUUGGGUAGUCGAACCGACCGACGUGAGUGUCGAACGGAACCGGCACAUUAUGCUUCACUGCCAGGCUCAGGGCGUCCCCGUGCCGACAAUUCUGUGGAAGAAAGCAACAGGAAGCAAAUCUGGUGACUACGAGGAGGUACGGGAACGUCCGUACACCAAACUGCUGGCCAACGGCUCGCUACUGCUGCAGCACGUGAAGGAGGACCGUGAGGGUUUCUACCUCUGCCAGGCAAACAACGGCAUUGGGACCGGUAUUGGAAAAGUUAUUCAGCUCAAAGUGAACUCAUCGCCGUACUUUGCCGGCCAAAACAAGAUGGUAACCGUGAAGAAAGGCGACACAGCGAUCAUGCAGUGCGAAGUGAAAGGUGACAAACCGAUCAACGUCGUGUGGUUACGCAACGGCAAGCACGAGCUCAACCCAUCCACGAACUAUCGCGUGUCGAUCAAGCAGGAUGCCACACCGGAAGGGAUCUCGGCCGAAGUGCAGAUCUCGAACGUGGAUAGCAGCGACAGUGGGGCGUACUUCUGCCAAGCCAGUAACCUGUACGGUCGCGAUCAGCAGCUUGUACAGCUGCAGGUACAAGAACCACCGCAACCACCGUCCUCACUCGAAGCGGCCACCGUUUCGAGCCGCGUGGUAAACCUAAAGUGGCAACCACGCGGUGGUGAUGCAGCCGAAGUCUCGAAGUACAUCGUCGAGUACCGCGAGAUCGAUCGGCAGUGGCAGUACAUCGACAUUUCGACACCAUCCACGUACUCGACGAUCAUCGAAAACCUCAAACCGGCCACCAACUACAUGUUCCGCAUCAUCGCCGAGGGUCCGGCAGGUCGCAGCUCACCGAGUCAGGAGCUGUUCAUUAAGACUGAUCCCCAGAGGCCGGCUGGACCACCGCUCAAUCUCGGCGCACGGCCUAUUUCAUCGACGGAGAUCCUAAUCAGCUGGAUGCCGCCAUCGUACGAGCUGCGGCAUGGUGAGAUACAGGGCUACAACAUCGGUUACCGGUCGAUGCACGCCACCACCAACAGCUACAACUUUACGUCCAUUUCCGGUGACGGUGAGGAUGGCACCGGUGAGCUACUGCUCGGUAACCUGGCGAAGUACACACGCUACACCAUCGUCGCGCAGGCGUUCAAUCAAGUCGGCCCAGGACCGCUCUCCGAGCCAGUUACCGCGCAAACGAUGGAGGAUGUCCCGAGCAAACCGCCCGAGGACAUCCGCUGUAUGGCGCAGAGUUCGACCUCGAUACAGGUGUCGUGGCAACCACCCCAAGCACAUCACACCAAUGGGUUGCUGCAGGGCUACAAGGUGUUCUACGAGUGUGCCACGGAAGACGCGAUCAGUAGCGGUGAGAUGGAGACGCGCAAGACCACCUCGCUUACGAUCCACCUGUCAAACUUGCGAAAGUUCUCCAACUACAGCAUCCAGGUGUUGGCGUACACGCGCAUGGGAGACGGUGUCAUAUCGCCGCCCUCGUUCUGUCACACGGACGAAGACGCCCCGGAGGCUCCGGCUGACAUCAAGAUCGCCAUCAGCUCACCAUCGUCACUGUACGUGUCGUGGUUGCCUCCACGCGACCCGAACGGCAUCAUCACGAAGUACAACCUGUACAUGCGUGCUGUCAACGGGCGCGAAGAACUGAACAACGACAAACGCAAUCUGCAGGCACACCAGCAUCACUUCGAGGCGAAACAGCUGCAAAGCCACACGGAGUAUCAGUUCUGGGUGUCGGCAUCGACGCGAGUCGGUGAAGGCAAAAGCUCACGCGUUGUGUCUCAGUUGACGUCAAAUCGCGUCCCAGCCAAGAUCGUCUCGUUCGGAGGACUCACCAUUCGACCGUGGAAGUCGUCGGCUUCGUUGAACUGCAUGGCUGUGGGACAACCGAGACGAGAAUGGUUUAAAGGGGACACUUUGCUACGACCCGGCACACAACACAACAUCCAGUUGCUCGAUUCGGGCGAGAUCAUCGUCACGAUGUUGCAGACUAGUGACACCGGCAACUACACCUGUCAGGUGGACAACGGCAUUGGGACGGAUCGGCUCACGCACAACCUACUUGUGCAGGUUCCACCAGGUCCACCGGUGUUGUACGUGACCAGUGCGACCUCUAGCAGCAUUCUGCUACACUGGAAGAUCGGUUCGACAGGGAACGCUCCGAUCACGGCGUUCUCGUUACACUACCGCCGUGUGCACGGAAACCUGGAAGAGAUGCAACUCUCCCGGCACGCCUCUAGCCACGAUCUGAAAGGGCUGUUCUGUGGCAGCACGUACCAGGUGUACCUGGUAGCACACAAUAAGAUCGGUUCGUCCUCCGCCAGCACGACACUGAACGUGAAAACGCAAGGCCAACCACCGGGUGUACCUCCAGACUCGGUGUUGAUCGCACCGAACUCCAGCUCCGUUGUGCUGCGCUUAAACGGAUGGCCUGACAAUGGUUGUCCGAUCAUGUACUUCGUGCUACAGUAUCGGUCCGUCUCGAGUGGCCUGGAUGACGAUUGGCAUCUGGUGUCGAACGCACUCAAACCACAACGCCGAUUCACGCUGUCUGGGUUGCUACCCUCGACCAUGUAUCGUCUCAAAAUGGAGGCACACAACGUGGCUGGAUCGACUAACGCCGAGUACACGUUCUGGACGCUCACCAAAGACGGAGACCCACCACCGCCGGAACUAGUACAAAGAGGACACCGUUCUCAAAUUUUUUAUAACAAUAUUCAGCUUCUGAUACCGAUCAUCAUCACGAUCACCGCCACCAUCAUCUGCAUCGCGUUCACAGUGGUCUGCUACAAAUACCGUCAGCGAGGUCGUCAGCGCAAGGACACGAUGGAAAGCCAACAAACCACCGACGCUCAACGUGAUCGCUAUUAUGCCACGAUCCACAAGGUUGCACUGCAGGCAGGCGAUAAAAUUCCUGAAACAUCCGAGGACAUCUCCCCGUACGCCACGUUCCAGCUGUCGGAAGCCAGCACACUUGCGCAGCCUCAUCAUAGCGGGCCUGCCAACACACUACUGCAUUCCUUCAUGUACCACGAACGCGCCAUGACCGAGGGAUGCGCUUCGCCACCACCUGCAGCGGUACUGAGACUUCACAAUCAAUCACCAUACUACAAUAUUAACUCGUCCAAGGGCCGGCGGAGACACUCGCGCAAAACGGAACCCGAAAGCGAGGAGUCCGACUCGGACCAAGACCAGUUGACCUCGAGCCGUACCGAGUCGUCCAACCAGCUGGACGCGAAGAUGAAGCACAGUAAGGAUCUGGACGUGGCGGCCGGUGGACCUGGCGACCACGGCUAUAACCCGAACCACUAUAUGCGUUCUAUUCCAGGUCUAAUUUAUCACGGCACGCAAUCGAGCACAUCGUCCGAUUUGUCGCCGAUGUCCGAACAAAAGUCGUUACCUCGGCGUGGCCGUUCAAGUCAAAGUCAGACCCACCACAUCUACAUGCCGAGGGGCACGAUGCGUUCGCUGCUGACACCACUACACCUGCCGGACGGCAGCGCACCAGGUGGUGGUCCACUGUUCCACCAGGUACCGAUAGAGGGCACCACUCCCGAUCGCAUCGAGCUGUCCGAGGCGGAGUGUGACAUCGACACGAUCAAGAAGCUUAAGCUUGGCAUGCGCUCGUCCCUUUGGUCACGCCCGAGCCAAAGCAAUAGCGCCGCCAUUGGAGCUGCGGCAGGAGGACCAACCAACAACAAUGGCAACGGUAUCAACAACAACAACGGCAACAAUGGCGGUAGCGGUAGCAACAACAACAACAACAACAACAACAGCUCUCUCGUGGGUAGUAUUAUGGGUGGUACAGGUGUAGGACCGAAUGUAGUAGGCACUGGGGGAGGAAACGCUAGCGGGCAUCCUUCCGAUUACUCGAUCGCGGUUUAAUCGUCCCAAAGGACACGGAGCGAUCCACCAAAUCCACCAAAAAGGCUCGCUUAGGCAAUCGCAGCAAGCGAGGUAUUUCUGCCCAAGAUCGUCCAGGAAGUUAAAGGAAGCCAGUGGAUGAGCCGGGGCACUGACAAACAAACAAACAAACAAAAUACACUACGGCCGGUACGGGGUCCUGGAAGAUCAUCGUCUUCGCGCUAUCCUGUUUGCUACCACCGAUAUCCAGCGUGUGGAGGUGGAGCUCUCAAUCAAAAGUAGAUAACCUUUUUAUACACGUUAAAGACGAACGAAACGACGACGUCAGGCAAACGAGUUGGGCUGCUAAGGACGAAGCGCACUGAGGAUCGAUUCGAAUGAUCGAACCUUUUUUCCUGAGGAGUAGCGUUCACAGCGAACUGUAAGGAAAGUUUAUGCACUCGAACGCACACAAGCACAGGGACAAAGUUAAUACCCUCAAGCAUUAGCGCCAAUCGCGUGUGUGUCGUGUUAGAAACUCCUGGAAAACGAGGAUCCCAUGAUUUACGGAUGUAAGCAGCCUGUUUCGCGAACACCUUGUCGUUCAAUCCUAGCCUAUUUCUAUACUAUUUAUUGAACACAAACACGAACGUGUGCCAAUCGUUCUUCCUUCGCUCUUAUUCGGUUGCCUUUGUAUUUUUAUCGUUAAGCCGAAAAGCUUUAACAUACUGUUGGACUUAGAAACAACGACUCACACACUCAACCCAAUUGGCCUUCGAGCUUUCGAGGCGCAUCGAACAGGC